UGCAUAUUAUUUAUGUUUCCCAGAAUCGGUCAGCCGGUGCGGUAUUGUGUAAGCGUGUAUGUUAUGAUUAAACUACAACAGCAAGCAAAAAGAAAACUUAAAAUGAAACUGAACUGAGCUUCAAACUCUAAGAAGACCUAGGCGUUGCGUGGGACGCACAGGGUGACAGAACUGUUUCUAAUCUUCUCAAAAAUGGCGUCAAAGCGAGCUUAGUGGGCCGGCUCAGCAAGGGGUUAAAACAGUAGGGUCCUUGCAGCACAGCCAUAGUGAGUUUAUGUGGGCGACGUCACAGCUGCAACCUCUUGUACUAUUGCAGCCUCUUUGGAACCUAGAUUUUUAGAAUCUAGAGUAGUCUACCCUGGAACAAGAUGGCAGCGCCCAGUGAGACGAAAGUUGAGAGUGAGAAACUAGAUAAUAAAGAAGCAUCUCAAAAGAAAGGAUCGAUCACAGAUGAAGAAGACUUCGGUUAUUACUUUUACCCCGACAGGGAGGGAAAAAAGAAAACCAAAUCGUUCUUCAACAGAGUGUUUUACCACGAGGAUGUGAACCAUUUCAAGUGCAUAACAAAUGUUAGAUCUUGUAUGCAAAGCAAUCCAAUGGUGAAGCUGAUGGUUGGAGCUCUGGAAAGUCAUGGCUGUCCUGUGAACAUGGAGCGACACGUGUCGUGUGAAACUUGUCUGGAGAAAGUGAGUGGAGGAUUUGAUCCCAAAUCCAUGCAGGUUGUGGUGUGCCAGAACAACGUGAACACAAGAGACGUCUGCUGCAACGUUCUGGCUCAUGAGCUGCUCCACGCCUUUGACUUCUGCCGCGCCAAAGUGGACUUUGAAAAUCUAAGACAUCUUGCCUGCACCGAGAUCCGGGCCGCCAACAUGAACCAUUGUUCUUUAGCAGCAGCAUUUGCCACGGGGGAUAUGACACCGCUAAACAUCAAAGAAAGACAUCAGCUGUGUGUUAAGAACAAAGCUCUCCAGUCCAUCAUGCUGGUUCGGAACGUGUCACAGUUUGACGCCAUGCUGGUGGUGGAUGAGGUUUUCGACAAAUGCUACAACGACACCGAACCAUACGGCCGACGGUGCUUCAAGGACAUGAACCGGGCCAAGAGGGCGCUGGACCAGGGCAGGAACUACUACGACUUUGUUUGACCUCCGUGAAAUGUGUAGGCUAGGUAGGCUGGAUUGAUGAAUGGGUGCCGCAUGCUUGUGAUUGGUGUCUUUGAUGGGGGUGAGAUUCUGUGAGUAGAUUUUGACAGGUGUGAGAUUCUACGUGUAGAUUUUGACUGGGGUGAGAUUCUAUGUGUAGAUUUUGACAGGUGUGAGAUUCUACGUGUAGAUUUUGACUGGGGUGAGAUUCUAUGUGUAGAUCAUGGAGAAAUGAGCGUUUGGAUUGUUUCUUUAUUUAAUUUAAUGAAAUGUUAGGGUUUGUUUUUUUUGUCUUGAUGAAUGGAUACCGCAUGCUUGUGAUUUGAGUCUUAGACAGGGGCGAGAUUCUAUUUGUAGAUUGGAGAAAUGAGCGUUUGGAGUUUGUUUUUAUGUCUUGAUUAGAAUUUGUCCCUUGAGAGAAUAAGGAUGUCAACAGUGUGGUAUUUCAGUGUGCUACCAGGCUGAGUGUGGAACGUUUGGAGCCCAAUUUUCAACUUAUUUGAUAUUGCUUUUGUUGUUGUUGUUGUCCAAACCAAGCCUUUUUGGUGUAUUUAGUUCAGGGAAUUAAAAAAGUGCACUGAAAUUCCUAAUACCGGUACAUGAUUCAAGAUGAAAUUUUUUUAGAUAUGAGAAAAGAGUAUAUUGCUUGUAUGUUAGUACCAGAUCCGUUCUGAUGCCAAAUCUUUCCUCAAUAAAAUGGAUAUGCAGGGGAGUCCACCUAAAGCGAAGUCUUUGGGAACGGAAAAAAGUGUUCACUUUAUCCAAGGUUCAGUUUAACCAUUUUGGUAGGGUGGAGGCUUACAAACAGUAGCUACGUGCAGUUAUGGGUCUUGGGUGGGGUGGGGGAGGAACUCAGCGGACGAGCCAAGACUAGAGCUUUUGCUUUCUGAUUGAGAUUGCUGUCGCCAACGCCGAGCUGGGAUUGUCUGCCAAUGCCCGAGGCAAAGAAUUUUAUUUUCACAGCAUGGCGACAGUGACACGGUAGGUCCGUUCUUCGCUUUCACUCAUUUUGGGCGUUCCCUUUAUCUGAUUUCUCAUGAAACCGGAUCAUUUUAUCCACAAUUUUUUUACUUAAUCAAAAAGCGUUUCAAUCGGGACCACAGAAUAUCGUUCACUUUAACCGAUUGUUCAAAUAAAGCGCGUUCACUUUAGGCGGUCUCCACUGUAUUUGAUAUUGCUUUUUUUUUUUUUUUCAAACAAAGCCUUUUUGGUGCAUCUAAUUUAGGGAAUUAAAAAGUGUACUGAAAUUCCUAAUAACGGUACAUAAUUCAAGAUGAAAUUUUUGCAGAAAUGAGAAAAGAGUAUACUUUUAUGUAAAAACAGAUCCCUUCUGAUGCCAUAUUUUUAUUCAAUAAAAUUGAUAUAUUUGAAAA